GUGAAUAUAUACACACGUAUCCGCACGACUACUACUAGCAAUCCCGAGCCCUAGUACAUCGCAGUGUUUGUUUCUUUUGUCUUCUGUGUUUUCCCCUUCUCCAUGUACGCCAUGAUGACUUCCAAUAAUAAGCAGAAAAGAAAUAAGGCGCCGAGUCCCGAGCUGCCGGACGAGCUUGUUUUAGAGGUUAUGACCCGACUGCCCGUCAAGUCUCUCAUGCGUUUCAAGUGCGUCAGCAAGGCCUGGCGCACAACAAUAUCCGACCCCUCCUUCGUCCGGUCGCACCUCAAGAUAUCCGCCUGCAGAUGGGAGCAGAACCCAUCUUUCCUCAUCGCCCCGCACACCCUGGACCGCGACAUCCAAGGCACUAUUUUCCCCGGAAACAUCGGGUUCUACCAGUGGCAGCAAGGCGUCUCCGAGGCUCGUCUCGUGCACGACAGGGACUUAUUCCGCUUGGCUCGCUUCUUCUCCCACUGUGACGGCCUGGUGCUUGUCCCCACGGGCACCAAGGUGUUCCUCUUCAACCCGGCCACUAGGGACGUCCUCACACUUCCGGAGAGCAGUCGCAACAAGGUGCCCAGCUUCAUCCACCACCCCAUUGGGUUCGGCCGUGAUCCUCGCACUGGCAUGUACAAGGUAGUCCGGUCCUUAUUCGGUUCGACAGAUUGUAAAACUGGGAUCGUCAGCAUGGGCAUGGAGGUCUGUACCGUGGGCGGCCCUGCUCCUCCCCAGUGGAGGGAAAUCGCGGGGGAUCAGCCGUACGCCCCCGUGUCAUCAGUGCCCGCGCAAUCUGUCAAGGGGGGUGUGUACUGGAUAGUCGAUGAUACCAACUUCGAGCCGCGCCCACGUGGCCUCCUACGCUUUGACUUGGUCGACGAGGCAUUCAACUUCAUCAGUUUGCCUUCUGAUCUGUCGGACCUCGGAGAUGACGACAAUGACGAUGAUGGUGACAAUGAACACUUCAACUUGAGUGUGUUGCACGGGGAGUUGUCUCUAACAGGCUAUCGCGUCAAGGAGCCUAACGACGUGCAUCGGCUGGUGGUGGUCUGGGUGCUCAUGGAAGACGGGGCAAGCUCUGUGUGGGAACCACGUUACACGUUGUAUGUCAUGGACCCCUGCCACCCAAUCGCUUUUCUUCCGGGCACUUUGAUGCUACGGUUCAAUCGCAAGCUCUGCCUCUAUGAUCUGCAGUCACGUGAGCUGACAAAUGCUUGUGAGUUUAUCAGGAUGAGAUACCGGCGUCAUGGGUCAGCCGAACUUGUGCCUGCUUGGAAGCAUGUGUACUUCUGCAACGUCAUACCCUACAUGGAAAGUCUUGUUCCAGUCGGUGCUCACAUGGCCUGAACUCUGAGAAAGUGAGCUUUUUUUUGCAAAAGAGAGACUGCUUUUUUUAGCUUUUUCUAGAAACACCUGUAAUUGUAUUCAUACUCAUAACAACUGCAUGUACAAUGAUUUGAAUCUAA